AUGGUAGCUAGUAAACAGAAAGCACAACCGCAGAGCUCCCUUUGGGAGGCCAGAAAAUGGCAAUGGCUGGAACAAGCCAAUUCUGAAAUUGACAAAAUUGGAGAGAAAGAUCCAAUGGAGUACCCGGUCAUAGAUCCACAGACAGAGCAACCUGUAGGCAGUAGGAAGAUUGAAAUAAUUGUCAUAGAGCCAAGAGGCUCCCAAGUGGGCAUGCCACCAGCUCCUAAUCCACCUCAUGACUCUGAUGAUUCCUCAGAGGAUGAAUCAGACCAAGAGGAACAAGCCACUGGAUGGAAAACAUACUACUGCCCCCCAACAAUCCAUGAAGCAGAGGCUGCACUCCAGAAAAUUGAUCAAGCUGUUUGGACUCCAUGGCCAUCAGGUGGCUAUUUGUAUGCAAGGUUGGAUUGGGUCACCAAUGAGCAUUAUUCUGCAAUCAAGGCUUGCUUGAAUCAAUUCCUCAUGGCCAGCCCCAAGGGGAAGAGAUUCAUUGAGGCGUCAAAAGAUGCAGCACAAGUUCAAGGGUGGAAAGAAACUUACACUCAAACCAUCCGCAAAUGGACCCAACAUUCCAUACAAACAGGUUGUCUACCCAGCAAUCAUCAAGGAUGGUGGAAUGUGUCAAUACUUGAGGAUGAAGAUAUUUCAGGCAAAAUAAAGCUGCACUUACAGCAAAUUGGAAAACUUGCCUGUGCACAAGAUGUUGUCAAGUUUUUACAGGAUCCUGAAGUCCGUGAUUGGCUUGGUAUCACCAAAAAGAUCAAGCCUAAAGGUCAAUACUUUGACAGGCAUGAACGCAAAGAUGUUGUCACAUACCAGCAACAAACAUACAUCCCCUUUAUAAAGGCUCUGGAGCGGCGGCAAACAAUUUACAACCAGGAUGGAAUCCCAGAUCCCACCCGUCCAAUGAGUUGA